CGCGUUACCAUGUAGCGAUUGGCCGAAUGAUCCUAGCAAACGUGGCCAAUACAAGUAAAAGAAGAGAAGAACUACAGUGAUGUAGUGCGACACUAACCUUACAUUACUCCGUUACGUGAUAGAGAACAAACAGAAACGAUGGGCGAGGCGGAAAAAAGGCGGCCACCCGGUUGGGUCCGGCGCGUUUUAGACUUGGACGCGGCCGUGACGAAAAGAUUCGUCCAGUGGGGCAACGGGGUGUCGCCGUUGCACUCGCUGCGCGUCCACUGCAAAGCGUUGGAGAUAACCUGCCAUGGGAUACCGUGGCUAGCCUUUUGGACGGCUUUUACGUGGCUGUUUAAUAACCCGCACCUCAUCGAGCUACAGGUCAACAUGCUGUUCGGCCUGGUGUUGGAUAUAAUCGUCGUAGCGUUAACGAAAGCAUACUUCCGGCGACGAAGGCCCGCGGGUAACAGAGACGACGCGUUUGUGCAGCUCGGGUCCGACCAGUUUAGUUUUCCAUCGGGGCACGCGAGCCGCGCGGUGCUCGUCGCGUACGUUUUCACGCGCCUGUGGCCCCUUUCGUUUCUGUUUUACCCUUCGAUAAUGGCAUGGGUCGUUGCCUUGGGCAUGAGCCGGGUACUGAUGGAGCGCCACUACAUUCUCGACGUGAUAGGGGGCUACGGCCUGGGAUUAAUCGAGGGGGGGUUGCUCGGCUUGCUCUGGAUCAGCGACGAGAACGCCAGGUGGCUCAUGUCGGUCGUAUCCGACGAAAAAUUCGAGGGCGGCGACUACCACGUGUGAUCGCAACGAAACCCAACGAGUAUUGUAAACAAUUAUAUUUUUUAACCGUAAAUAAAAUGAAAGUCUCAGUCUUCUAUGCCUCGUGAAACGUCGAACCUGUCUUCCCGAACGUCCACCUUGUCUAAGAGC